UCAGUUAUUUUCUGUCUUAUAUUUUUACUUAAUUUAGAUUAUUUGUGGAGACCCGUUUUCACUUUUAUUAACAGGUUAAUCAGGUCAGGCUGCAUCUAAAAGCUUAACUUUGCCUUGGGAAUGUAAAUAGUCCCUCGAUGAGAAAUGUGUAGACAUGAACAUUAGCCUGCAUUUCACUGCUGCACGUAGGUAGUUCAAGGUUUUGUCCACGUGAAAAUGAAAACGACCGAUAGAUGGUGCUCGCGCUUCAACACUUCCCUUCUCGAGACGUCACGAGGGAGUCGGCAGUGACUCUCAGUGGAUAGUACAGCCUAAGUACCACAUAACCACAAGCGACUUAUCUGAAGGUUUCAGUGAUGUUGGCUUGAUGGGAUCCAGAUGGGUGACAGAGUGAUGGUCUAAGGACUGGUAGUCACAGAGGUGCUUGCGCGUGGAAUGUUGCGCUGGUCGGUGCACCUAGAAGGAGGGCCACGGAGAGUCAACCAUGCUGCUGUGGCGGUGGGACAUAAGGUGUACUCCUUUGGAGGCUACUGCUCCGGGGAGGACUACGAGACACUCCGUCAGAUUGACGUGCAUGUCUUCAACACCGUGUCUUUGCGCUGGAUGAAGCUGCCUCCAGUUAGGACAGGAGGACAAGAGCGUGCCCGUGAAGUGCCAUAUAUGCGUUAUGGCCACACAGCUGUACUGCUGGAUGAUAUUAUCUACCUCUGGGGUGGGCGUAAUGACACGGAGGGGGCCUGCAAUGUGCUUUACGCCUUUGAUGUCAGCACCCACAGAUGGUUCACACCCAAGAUUUCAGGGACUGUUCCAGGAGCAAGGGAUGGCCACUCAGCCUGCGUCCUAGGGAAGGCAAUGUAUAUAUUUGGAGGAUAUGAGCAGCUGGCUGACUGCUUCUCCAAUGACAUCCACAAGCUGGACACCACCACUAUGAUUUGGUCAUUAAUUAAUGCCAGAGGCACCCAAGCGCGCUGGAGGGACUUCCACUCAGCCACCAUCAUUGGGACAAAGAUGUUUGUAUUUGGAGGGCGGGCCGACCGCUUUGGUCCCUUCCACUCUAACAACGAGAUCUACUGCAACAAGAUCAAAGUGUUUGACACAGAGACCAACUCAUGGCUGAAUACUCCUUCAACGCAGCCAUCGCCAGAAGGGCGCAGGAGUCAUUCAGCCUUUUCCUACAAUGGAGAGCUGUACAUAUUUGGAGGCUACAAUGCCCGCCUCGACCGGCACUUCAAUGAUCUCUGGAAAUUUAAUCCAGAAGCCUUUUCAUGGGAGAAGGUAGAACCAAAGGGGAAAAGCCCAUGUCCACGGAGACGGCAGUGUUGUUGUAUGGUUGGCGAUCGAAUCAUUCUUUUUGGAGGAACCAGCCCCUGUCCAGAGCAAGGAAUGGGGGAUGAGUUCAACCUCAUGGAUCAUUCAGACCUGUAUAUUUUAGACUUCAGCCCUAAUUUGAAGACGUUAUGCAAAAUAGCUGUUAUUCAGUACAGCCUGGAGCAGUCAGGACUCCCACAUGAUGUCAGAAAGCUGAGCAUUGAGUCAGAGAAAUGGAAAAGUAUCGUGAAGAUUGAGCUAAAGAAUCAACAUUUUCUGAAAUCCUAAAGCCAGCAGGAUGUUCCAAACAAAAUCAAACGUGGCACAUACAGGUGGGAACUGGCAGCCAUGACCACCAACAGCAACAUCAGCAGGCCCAUCUUUUCCUCCCAUGGCUGACACCACUUCAUAUUCAGCAGAACCAGAAGUGUUUCAGGACACUGGGCUUUUUUUUUUUCCUCCCCUUGAUCCUCUCAGCUCCGAGGGACUGUUUAUGUAGAGUUUGGUUCCGUAUGGGAUUUACUCUCCCACAUUCUUCAAGUGAACACUCUCAUUAUUGACCAAGAUAUUCUGCGCAUGACUUCGUUGGAGCUUUUUCAUGUCUAAGGAUAUUUUAACUCCUGAGACCCAGGCUAUGUGAGACAGAAAUUGCUGACACCAUUAUAGUUUUUUUUUUCUUGUUUCUAGCCUCUCUAGAAAUCCAAUCAGCCUAUGAUAAUCAUAGACUUCUAAUGUUAAGCACAGGAAGAGACAAGAAA